AUGGAUUCCAAUGGUACAAAUGGUAACGCUAACAAUGGAGCUUCAACCGAUGCAGAAAUUAUUCUUAGUCCAAGUCGACAAGAAAGUAUGUCAGGAUCCAUUGUCGAAGCGUCUGAAUUGAGUGAUGAAACUGACAUCGAAACAAUGCGACAACGAAUACAAGAAAUGGAAGAAGAAGCGGAAAAAUUAAAACAAAUGCAAGUAGAGGUCGAACGACAAAUUCAAUUACCUGGUGCACCGGGAGCAACAUCAUUUCCGACCAUAGAAGAGAAGAUGGAAGCCGAUCAGAAAUCAGUUUAUGUUGGCAAUGUCGACUAUACUGCAACCGCACAAGAACUUGAAAAUCAUUUUCAUGGCUGUGGAUCGAUUCAUCGUGUAACUAUUUUAUGUGAUAAAUUUUCCGGACAGCCGAAAGGUUUUGCUUAUGUUGAAUUUGCUGAUAAAGAUUCUGUACAGACGGCUCUUGCUCUCGAUGAAUCAUUAUUCAAAGGUCGACAAAUUAAAGUUACUGAAAAACGAACAAAUCAACCUGGUGUAUCGUCGACAGAUCGUCCACCUCGCGGUGGCUUUCGUGGUUUUGGUCGCGGUCGAUACAUGCGUGGAGCUGCAUACAUGCCUUACGUAGCUUCACCUUAUCGUGGUCGAAUUGCUCGACCUAUGUUCCGUGGUCGUGGCCGUUCAAGUUACUUCUAUUCACCCUAUUAA